UAGGAACAUCUAAGUCAAAACACAGAUUAGUAUUAUGACAAAGACAGCAAAUUUAUAGCUUAUAACACACGGUUACGCGAUUUCUAAAAUUGUCCAAACCGUUUCAAUAAAUUCUAAUUUUUUUCUUCUCAUUUUAAAUAUUGAACAUCAGAGAGAGGACCUUUAAACAAGAAACGGCUGAAAAAAAUGAAAACCCUAAUAAUAUGGUGCCUUGUGUCCCAAGCAAUCAUUCUAGCGGGAAACUCAGCCGAGAAAGGAGACGUUGAUUUUUCCAUACUAAUAAAAAACGAAAUGUACAACUUCAAAAAACCUUCCGUUUUCUACCACUGCCGAUCCUCAAAGAAAGACCUCGGAUGGCACAAGUCGCAACCAUCUUCCGAGUUUCGUUGGAGCUUCGAAGUUCCUCAGUUUGGUAACGGCGUGAUGGUCCACAACUGUGAGUUCAGGUCGAGGCUAGGAACUGCUAAUGUUGAGAUCGAGACGUUGUCCACUACGGCUAUUCUAUGCGAGGGGCAGACAUGCAAGUACGCUAUUAGACGUAACGGGAUUUAUUUCAUUGGUUACGAGUUGUAUUAUCCCUUUGGAGGGAUUGUUGAGCUGUCUAGGCCUGUUGAGAAGCUAAUUGAGCCGUGGACGCCUUGGUCACCGCAUCAGUUGAGAGAUUUGAACCGUAGUAAGCAGAAUCAUUCUUGAUUCGGAUCCUUGGAGUGCCAGUACAUUAAAUUAUUGAUAAAUUAAUUCAUUUGUAAGUGAUGUAAAUGAAUUCAAUAUAUUUGGUUCCGUUUUGGAUGAAAGAAAUAUAAGGGAAUUUGUAUUGUAUUUUUUGCUAUAUACACUUUUUAAAUAAACUUCAGUUUUAACAUAAUCAGUUUAUCAUAUGCUUGGUUAGGCUCAGUUGCACUAGUUUAUACUUAAGCACUACUAUAACAACGCGGAAUAGAUAAGUCUUAACUCUUAACGGUGUACUCUCCACCAUUCAAAUAGAUUUCAUCGUCACAUGUCGAUCUGUUACCUAAGCCUACAAACUUGUGCCGAUUUAUUAAUAAAAACAUACACAAGAGUUCACUACACAACAAACAAAACAGAGCUAAAUCAAGAAAUCGGAAUGAGGAGCAUCCUUGUGUCAUCCUAGCUUUACUACUUGACCAAAGAUCAUGCAUGCGUUCCUAAAAUGGUGUUAGCGUUUUACCUACGUUGGUACGUGUAGCUUCGCCAAGAGCCUAAGACUAACUCAAAAAUUAGAAAAUAAGAAACGAUCUGAUUUCAGUUUUUCACAUCCAAAAAAAUUAUAUAUCCUAAACAGAAAGAAAAAUAUUCAACUCCUUAAAAAUUAUUUAUCAAUUACAUAAAUUUUGUGAAAAAAAACUUUCACAAAACCUCAAUCAAAAGCUGGAUUUAACCACCCUUACAAAAUACAACAUAUAUAUUCUAAAAUUACAACCCCAUGGAAAAAUUUUAAAGAAGAAAAUUAAAUAUUACCAGAAGUUUGUUAUUUAGUUAGAUUUCUUACAAAACUAAACCGAUGAAAAGGGGAAAAGAAAGCUCAUCGAACAUAAACAUCCAAAACAAACAACCACUUUCGUUUACAUAUAAGU